CCCCCAACCUACACGAUCGACCUGUCCCUCGCGCCCGAACACCGCUACGACGCGCUCAUCGCCGCCUACCGGCCGCAGCUGCAGCACCUCCUCCCGCUCUUCGCCGAAAUAGCAGCAGAGACGGGCCUCUCCCCGCGCACGGCGCAGCGCCUCGCAAAGCUCUUUUUGCGGAGGGUCGGGAGCAAGGAGCAGACGCGCGAGCUGCGCGGCAUCAGUCGCGCCAGUGGUGUCGGCCUCGAGAUGCUGGUUGCGUUUAAUGUCUUGUUGGAUCUGUUUAUGGGGUGUACGAGCGGGGGGGUGCGCGUGAGGGACCCGGACAGCGCAGGCGCAAGCGCCGCCCCACCGACGCGAAUGCUGCACUUCCGCACCCUCGACUGGGACAUGGACGCGCUGCGCCGCGUCAUCGUCCAGCUGGACUUUGUGCGCAAGCCCCACGGCGCCGUCGUCGCGCGCGCCAUCACGUACGUCGGCUUCGUGGGCGUGCUGACGGGCGUGCGGCGCGGACUCAGCAUGUCGCUCAAUUUCCGGCCCUACCACAACGACGACGCCAGCCGCGUGCACAAUCUGCGCUUCUGGGCGCACCUCGCCCUCGUCCUGCUCGGGUGGCGCGCCAGCGUCGCGGCUGUGUUGAGGCAGGUCCUUAUUCCGGAGGAGAAAGAGAGGCAUAGGCGCAAACACCUCCAUCAUCGGCGUCUGCACUCGGGACAUCGCAAGCUGGACCACCACCCGCCUCCGCCACCGCAGCCAAGCUUACAAGACAUCAAGACCGCCCUCCCCCCCACCCCCUCCACAGCCGCAUACCUGAUCUUCAGCGACGGGGCCGAAACCGCCGUCUUCGAGAAGGAUCUGCGCACCGCUGCGCUGCGCACGUCGAGCGAGUUUAUUGCGGUGACGAACAGCGACGUCCCUGGCGCUGUUGCUUGUGGUGGUGGUGGUGGUGGUAACGCGGGCCGCGCGAAGCUGGUCCAGCUGCCUCUGCUACGCGACAUGCUGGCCGAGUCGGACGAGCGGCGGGAAUGCAUGGAGGCGGCGUGGCGGCGUGCGGAGACGAGGUUUAGACGCCAUCGCCGUCAUCGUGGCGGACAUGAGGAGCCAUACGUGCACCUAGAGGACGUACUGCGCUGGCUGACGGCCUACCCCGUCGCGAACGAGGCGACGCAUUUGGCAGCUGUGCUGGAUCCGCUGCGGGGAGAGGUCGUGUGGUGUAGGUUUUGG